AUGUAUUGUCGCUUCCGCUUCAACGCGGGCUCGCACGUCGGCGCCAACGUCCUCCCGGUUUCCAGGAAGAUGUUCUUCGGCACGACCAUGACGGAGUGCCUCCCGGCCCCGGGGCUCAACCGCCAGAGCGGGGAGCAGGGCAUCAACCACAAGGCCAUCGAGCUGCUGUCGGACCUGGAAGGGUGCCGGAAAAAGAUGAAGGCCGUCCUACGAACCAUCCAGCAGGAGUCCAUGCAAGCCAAGGCCUCCUUCCAGUGCAUGCCGGUCAACGCCUACGGCGCCCACGAGGAGGGCGACGCCUACCUCUCCGACUUCCGCCGCUACGCCGACUCCAAGUACUGGGCCCCCGAGCCCCCGGACUUCGUCGGCAUCUCCCACGGCUUCACCCGCGGCUUCAUCAACGACAUCCGCGAGCACAAGCUCUACAUCGUCUGCUCCGGCGGCCUGAACUACGCCUCCCACAACUUCUACAACAUGAUCCUCGACAUCGGCGACCGCGCCACCGCCGCCGAGGUCCAUGAGAGCGAGGAGGUCCACUGGCUCCGGAAGGCGUCGCAGCGCUCCCGCUGCAAGAUCAUCAACGCCGUCGCCGACGCCUUCGGCCUCGACAUCCCCAUCCAGCUCGACACCCACGAGCACUCAGCCGAGGGCAGCCACGUCGCCGCCCCCACCGCCGAGACCCUCCACCACGACAUCCAGCGCACCGCCCACGACGUCGUCUCCAACCACGCGGUCAACACCGAGGCCGCGGAGAACGGCGUCCUCUGCCCCAUGCACCCCUGCGAGGGCAUCUGGCUCUUCCAGGGUGCCCAUCCUGAUAGAAACAACUACAAUGGAGGUGGUUAUCCAAACGUACCGACCGUGACAAUCCACAUUCAAUGA